CGCACUCGCCAUUCCAUUGGCCGGCCCUGGCAGGCUUAUCAUUCCAUCUGGUGCUGCUCCUGCUCCAUCGCGCCCCUGCUUUCCAUUCGUCUACCUCCGCCAGCUGACAUAGUUCCUAGCAUACUGUGUUUAGAAACACGCAGCACGGAAACAGCGACGAAACGGGCAGCGCUGGUAGACGCGUUCGGCGGAAUCUGCGCCGUCUAUCUGCUUUCUAAAGCCGUGGAAAGAUUGGGAGCGGCUUGUUGUGCGUUUGAAAGCGGACACCGCCGGCGCUGAGGUCCCUGUUCCAGCGGAGGGAUACGGCGUGGCGCUGACAAUGUGGAAGGCUGUUAAAAUGUCUCCUCGCAGGGUGACAUGGUUUCAAUUGUAGCAGCAAAAAGGGAGGCUUGAGACUUGAAGAGUUCGGGGUGCAAGUAGGAUAUAACAGUUUAACGAAGCGGGCUGCUUAACCAACAAGAAAAAACAAGGACAAAAGCAAGCUCUGGCCGGCUCCAGCCACGGCUUGUAAAGCACGGGGGGGAAGCGCUUCAAGUUUUCUGUUUUUUUGCACUCGAAUCUUUUUUUACUGUUGGAUGCGCGGAUUCUCUAAAGGGUGGUUAGUGGCUGAGACAUAAGUGUGGCAUGAACCAACAGCAGCAGCAGCAGAGAAUGGCUGCAGUGGGAACAGACAAGGAACUGAGUGACCUCCUGGAUUUCAGUGCGAUGUUUGCUCCUCCUGUCGCUAAUGGAAAGAACAGGCCAACCACCCUCGCAAGCAGCCAGUUUGGAGGAUCAGGUUUGGAUGAACGGUCCGGGUCAGGAUCCUGGGGACCAGGAGAACAGAACAGCCCCUCUUUCCAUCAGGGGAGGGGUUAUGGAGAAGGCUCUCAUUACAACGAACACGAAGGACUUGCUUCCUCGCCCUUCCUCGGCUCGGGUUUAGUUGGUAAAACAUAUUCACCAUUUGGAAGAGAAGGUGGAAUGUCUGGAAUUAGCCAGGCUGGCUUCCUUUCCAGUGAGAUGGCGAUGCCCAGCCCAGAUGCCCUGUCUCCCUCUGGCAUGAAGGCAGGCUCUCAGUACUACUCCUCAUACCCCAGCAACCCACGUCGACGGCCGGCUGACAACAACAUAGAUGGACAGCCUAAAAAGAUCCGAAAGGUCCCUCCCGGCCUGCCUUCUUCAGUUUAUGCUUCAACCUCUGGGGAAGACUAUAACCGGGAACCAGCCAGCUACCCCCCAAUGAAGGCUGGCCCUGGCUACCCCGGGUCCUUUUACAUGCAAGACCCGUGGAACUCCUCUGGAGAGAUUGGCCAGGCUGGAUACGCCGCUGUGCUGGGGAACUCCGCUCACCUCUCCCAGCCAAGUGGCUUCACCAGCCUUCACCCGCAGGACAGGAUGAAGCGUCACUCUCUCGCGUUGUCUCCUCAGAACUACCCUCUGCACGGCAGCGAGGUGAACGGCAGCCUGCCGCCCGGCUUCCACUCAGGGUCAGCUGGCUACGGAGUGUCCAAUCACACGCCUCCGCUCAACGGGGCGGAGCCUAUCAUGGGUAGGCACAUUUCAAAGGGAGCAGUACUGCCCAGUCCAAGUCUGCCUGUGCCUGCUGCAAAAUAAAGGAGAAGGGAACGU